AUGUCUGCUGUACCAGAAACGACUCCAAAGUAUACUUAUACUCCCUUUCCGCAAUCAACUACCGUUCACCCGCUUCGACCCUAUUAUAAUCCUACCGAUGUGCAACACUUUUACACGCCUUCUUUAGGAAAUGCUACUAGUAAUUUGGACGAUAAAACCCAAAAACACGGACAAAUAAACGCAGACUCGGAAAAUGCUGUUAAAACCUUUGCGGGUUUUGCGACAUUAAAAUUCUUUAGCUCGGCUUUCUCAGAGCCUUUUGACGUGGCCAAAACUCUCUUACAAGUCCAAUAUUUGCCGAACGAAGACGUGGUACCACUUCCACCCGAAAUUGCACCUGAGUCUGAGGAAGAAUUAACGGAUGAUGAGGAAUUUUAUAAUGGACACCAACGCUCUACACAGCCACUAGCUACGGAAUCUCGAAGAAAUAGGUCCUCAGAUAAUCAAGGUUAUCUGGUGAACACUAAUGUUUAUGAUGAAGCAACACGGCCGAUUUAUAUGUUGCCACCUUUAGAGAAAGGGGUCUGGAAUACUAUACAACUGUUAACGAAACAUAAAACUGAAGGAUUUUUUUCACUCUGGAAAGGACAAUUGACGAAUUGGAUAUAUGAGAUGUCGCAUUUGUUUGUACAAUCAACCAUCGAAGGUGUCUUGAAUGAUGUCUUCGACUUGUAUGAUGAUACAAUUCCGCUGGUCUAUCUGGAUCGUGUCGGACCGAACAUUGCCACUCUUGUAGCGAGCCAUGUUUUUGCGGGGGUAAUUCUAAGUCCUUUGGAACUAGUAAAAACAAGAUUAAUAGUGCAAACAGCAUCUCCGCUGCACAAAAAAUAUAAUGGCACGUUCGAUUGUAUUCGCACUAUUAUUGCCGAAGAGGGAUUUACUUCUCUUUAUUGGUCCCACAAUCUUUUGCCAUCCAUUGUCUAUCAUGCGAUCAGCCCGCUAAUGGAAUGCACAAUUCCAUUAAUAAUCGAUCGUAUUUUUCAUAUUUCAUCCGCUGAUUCGCCGGUUUUAUAUGGCUUGGCACGUCUCGGAUUACACACUUUAAAAUUAUUAAUCACGUUACCAUUAGAGACGGUGCGUAAACGAUUACAAUGUCAGAUUCGCUCACGUACUCCAGGGAAACGAUUUGAGACCAUUGUACAGACACGUCAGGCACCUUAUCUCGGAAUACUUGAUUGUAUUUACCGAAUCAUUUUGGAAGAGGGUAUCAGUCAGCGAUAUGUUCCGAAUCAGAAAAGGCGACGACAACGAAGUUGGUUUGAUAAUUAUGGGAUUGGUAGUUUAUAUGCUGGAUUUGAGAUGCACUUUUUAAGCAGUUUUACUUUGUUUUUAUUUACGGCUGUUAAUGGUGUGGAAGAUGACUUUGAAGAUUUCUGA